GCCGUGAGUGUUCGAAUGGCUCCCAAGCACGAUCCAACAUCGCAGUGGCGGGCCUGCCGGACGCUCGUAUAUUCGGACUCCACAGCGCGGCACAGCGCGGCACCGCACGGCACGCCGGCACGCCAAAGCGGCAAAUUCGAGCAAAUUGCACUCGGCGCGGGAGGGAGACGGAGAGACGCGCCAUUUGGUCGCUCGCAGAAGGUCACGUCCGACGAGGGUGGCUGGCCGAGCGACGCCGACGCGCAGGCCGUGCAGUGCCGGCUCGACGAGGACGUGCCCUUCCGCCUGGCCCAGGGCCUGGUCCACGCUGACGCGGACCUCGACGCCGUGGCCGCACAGGUGACCGCUCUGGUGACCGACGACUUCCGGCGCCACGCCACCACCGCCAGCAGCGAGGACGCCACCAUGCCCGUCGUGGAGCGGAUCGGGCGCCGGCAGGCCAUCCCCAUCCUCUACACCAAGGGCACUCACUACGAGGUCGGCUUCGAUGUGGGGAGGAACUUCAGCGGCAUCAUCCACAGCUUCCUCGCCGCGUCGCGCUCCCUCGAGGAGUACCUGUCGGUGUACGAGACCGAUGCGGGGCGGCGCGCCUACGAGGACACCCUGGCCGCCGUCAAGGCCAACUUCCCGCAGUACAUCCAGGAGCUGCAGGGCACGGCCGACGGCGCCAAGGUGCCGUUCCACAAGCUGUUCCUCCUCCACAUGGACGAGAUCACCCCCAACGUGGCCGGCAGGGCGGCGAGCCAGGCGACCAACGGCUGCUCCACGGUCUGCGUGAACCACCCCGGCCAGGAGCUCCUGGGUCACACGGAAGACGCGCUGGCCGAGACGCUGAACCACGUGUACCUCGUGUCCGCGCACAUCGUGUCCGCCGAGCCGCAGGGCCGCUGGAAGGUGUCCGAGGAGAAGUUCACGGCGCUGUGCUACGCGGGGCACCUGCCCGGCUUCUGCAUGGGCUACAACCACCACGGCAUGGUGUUCUCCGUCAACAUCAUCAAGGCUGCGAGGCUGGCGGCGGGCAGGACACCUCGCCACUUCCUAACGCGGGCGCUGCUGGCUGCCGAGAACUUCGCCGCCGCCCAGCAAGUGCUGCGCGACGAGGGCUGCGGCGCGGGCGACGCCGUGUCCAUCAACAUGACCUUCCUGGCCCAGGAGGGCGACCGCUUGUUCCACAACGCGGAGGUGGGCCCAGCGUGCAGUGACUGCCGCAGCCCCCUCAGCAUCCUCACCUGCUCGCCCGGGGAGCACAUCUUCCACUGCAACAAGUACCUCAGACUCCAGAUCCCCGAGGUCGGGGGAGCCAUCGUGUCGAGCAGCGACGCCCGGUACGCCACCUACGAGUCCCAGAAGGACACCACCACGCUCAACGACGUCAUCAGGCUGCUGGGCGACCAGUCGCACCCCGAGCACACCAUAUUCAGGGAGGCGGGCGACGACGACUACGUCAAGACCGUCACCGUGGGCAUUUUCGAUUGCGUGAACAGAACAUGGAGUAUCUACACGGACAACCCAAAGACUCACGACCCGAUUGUGGUGCUUCCCUUGCUUCUCAAGAAGCCCACCAAGUGAACGCGUUUGCUAGGUGACCUUGCCCCUUGCCUCGACUUUGCUGGGCUUUGCCCUGGCAUGGCGCGGCGGUCUGGUCUAGGUGUCGUGCGACCGUCCAGUUGCCCCAGUCAAAGUCGCGUUGGCAGUUAACGACCCCUUUUUACCCUCCCCUUAUGUUCCAUGAUUUGAUGGUUCAGUUUUAUCAUAUGUGAUGAGGAGACCAAAGCAAUUUUUUAAAAUGAGAUUUUUAUUUUGUAAGUAGAAUAAUGAUGGCAUAAACCUUGUAGAAAACUGUCUAAUAGAAUAAAUUAAAAAAAACUUAUGUACUUGAA